CGCGCCUUGCCGUCUACGAAAAUUGCUUUUACAUAGCUCAGCUUGUAGAAAAAUCGUAAAUUUUACCUUUUUCGCGUAUUGAUAUUCCUGUGCGAUACGUAAAUUACUGAGAAAAACAGAAUGGAUGGUCAGGAAACCGUUCCAGAAGGUUGGGAAAAACGCACUAGCCGGUCCACAGGAAUGACCUAUUAUCUGAACAUCUACACCAAAGAAUCGCAAUGGUCGAAUCCCACGUCGCCGGCUGAACCGGCGAACUCCAAUGAACCUUCGGAAGUGCAGUGCGCGCAUCUGCUGGUGAAGCACAAGCAAUCGAGGCGGCCUAGCUCGUGGCGAGAAGAGGACAUUACCCGUAGCAAGGACGAGGCGAUCGAAAUCCUAGAGUGCUAUCGCAAAAAGAUCCAGUCCAACGAAGCCACUCUGCAGGAACUUGCUCAACGAUUCUCGGAUUGUAGCUCAGCGAAGCGGGGCGGGGAUUUGGGCAAGUUUAAGCGCGGUAUGAUGCAGAAACCGUUUGAAGAGGCCGCAUUUGCCCUAAAAGUGGGUGAUAUGUCCGACAUUGUCGACACUGAUUCUGGUGUUCAUUUGAUACUACGGCUAAAGUAGAGGAGCGAAACUCACCUUAGCGUGGCCAAUGUUAUAUUAGCCUAAACGGGGAAACAACGUGAACUUUGAUCUUCUCUAAUUUUCAUUGUGUAUUAUUUAUUAUUUUCUUCUGGUUCAACUCAAAAAUUAUUACAGCUUCAAUUUCUCGGCCAACAAUUUUCCUCCAGUGUGCUUUUGUGCCUUCAGUUCCUUUUUCAAGGAUAGCAGUUUUUGUUUUAGCAAUUGCUGCACAUUUUGCGUUGCAUUUUCAAAUACUAGCAGUAGCAGAAAACAAGGACGAUUUUGGGCAAUCCACGCUUUCAGCUGCUCCUUAGACAAUUCUUCGAUGAUAGCAUAGCCGAACUGUGGAACAUCAUUAGAUUCGGGGUUCUCUUGGCGCUUUUCCCGAUCCUGUUUAAUGAUCUUCUUAAGAGCAAUAUGUAUACCGGGAUGCUCUAUUCCAUUCACCAGCGGGUUGGUAGACAGUAGUUUUUCGCGAGAAGCAGCCUACAAAUCCAAUGAAUCAUUCAUUUUAGUUUCGGUUUAAUGAAAAGGCAUCAGCAAUAAACAUACUCACUUUCUCUUC